AUGGCUGAUGCUGAAGAAUACGGCGUGGCUGAGGAGGAGCGGCAGCAGUACGCUACGGCUGUGCGUACCAGUUUCCGCGAGUCUGCAGCGUACGCACCAAUCAUGUUCGGAUCCGGCGUGAUCUUGGCGUACGACACUGACAUGGAAACAGACGACACCGGAAAACCCAUCGCCUCGACCCCGAAAGAUAUUCCACCACGGUCGGAGAACGGUAUUUCCGGUUUUAUCCAGUACUUGGCUGCUUCUUUGUUCACAGGCAUUGGUAUCUUUAUCGAGGGAUACUUUACAGUCAACACGGGCCAGGUGAAGACAGCCUGGACGAAUGCGUAUCCGACCUGUUUUGGCACAAAACCCAUAUCAGGGACGACCUGCCAAGGACUUGCAGCGUCUAGCUGCACGAAAGGAACCCAAAAGGCAAAUACGUAUUCAAUAUUCGCCGGGUUAAUUGUCGGUAUGCUGUUCUUUGGCCUGCUAGGCGAUCGAAUCGGUCGUCGCUUUUCGAUGCUGUUCACGGUUUCGACGUAUUUUAUCAGCGCGAUCAUCAUUACUUUCUCAAUUUCGGAGAGUGCGGAUACGAUAUUCGUUCUAUUUGCAAUUUUCUACGCGCUUACUGGCUUCGGCAUCGGCGGCGAGUACCCGUUGACCGCGUCAGUUGCAUCGGAGAAGCGCGCGACACGCAUCAUGCAGGAGACGGGUGGCGAGGGCGAGUCAACGAUCUACUUCACAGACGCGCUUGCACGCCAGCGUGCACGUGCUGACGAGCGAGCCCGCACCGCGCGUCGCGGAGAAACGAUAGCGCUGGCGUUCGCCAUGCAGGGCGUGGGUAUCGUGUUUGGCAGCGUGCUCCUUUUGAUCGAGUUUGCGAUCUCGAAGCAGACCUCGCCAAACACGGAUACGGCCUUGAUUGCGACCAAUGUGAACAACUGCGCGGGGUAUUCCACCCAGGCACUGGGCUACGUUUGGCGAUCAUACUACGGGAUUGGAGCAUUUCUGAUUCUGCUCAUACUCCUAUAUCGUUUCCUGAUCCUUCGUGAAAACGAGAUCUAUUUGAGUGCCAAGCGGCGGCGUGACACGAACGAGAGCGCAGAGGGCCUUUCCGUAACUGGACGCAUGAGACGUCAUUUCGGCUACAUCUUUAGGUUCUAUUGGUCUCGUUUACUGGCGACAUGCUUGGGAUGGUUCAUCAAUGAUAUUUCCUUCUAUGGAAACGGACUCUACUCGGGACCCAUUUUCACCGCGUUAGUUCCCGACAAGAAUCUCAUCGUCAUCAACGGCUAUAUCCUGCUGAAGAAUACGGUUGCGCUCAUUGGAUACUUCAUUUCUGCUUUCAUCAUCGAUCGCAAGUGGUGCGGCCGCGUUCGCCUUCAGAUCUUUGGAUUCUUCUGGGAGGCGGUGUUCUUCUUCAUCACGGCCGGUGCCUACGUCCAAAUGCAAGAGCACUCUCCGCGCGCGCUGCUCUUCUGCUACAUCAUGACGAGCCUCUUCACGCAGAUGGGCCCAAACGUGACGACCUAUAUUGUGUCGGCAGAGCUGUAUCCGACUGUUAUUCGCAGCACGUGUCACGGCAUGUCGUCAUUCAGCGGUAAGGCCGGUGCCCUCAUCUCGACUGCAGCGUUCAAAACAAAGACCACGAACGAUAUCAGGACAGUGUUCUGGGUGAAUGCCGCACUCUGUGUUUUUGGCGCCGUGUUCACCUGGGUCUUUCUGCCGGACACGACGAACCUUUCGCUGUACGAGUAUGAUUUACAGUGGGAGCUUCUCAUUAGUGGUCGGCUGAAUGAGUAUGGCGGCGAGGGCAUCAAUCCGAAGCAUCUCUCGCGGUUCGAGCGUUGGACUGGCCGCGGUAAGAAUUAUCAGCCGGGCUGGUUGGUACGUUUCCGCAACGAGGAGCUCCAGCGGGGUGGAAAGAGUGUCUAA